AAAUUUUUCAUACACACACACACAGCACAUUCUGCGCUCAGGCUCCAGUCGUUCCUUGUCUCAGAGCAGGAGGAGGUCAUGACCUUCUCAGCUUCUCACUCAUGUCUCUCUUUGUUCUCUUUCAGUCGGCUGCUUCCUCAGACGGCGACCAUGGUGGUAGUGUGCAGCUCCAGGGCUGCUGCAGCCAGAGCAGUCUGAACAGCAAUGGCAGUCUGCCCGGCGCCGGCAGCCACAGGAGGCUGUCAGAGCGCCGGGUGGCCAGCUGGGCCGCAUGCUUCGAGCGUCUGCUCCAGGACCCCAUCGGCGUCCGUUACUUCUCAGAAUUCCUCAAGAAGGAAUUCAGUGAGGAGAAUAUCUUGUUCUGGCAGGCUUGCGAAUACUUCAGUCAUAUACCUGCAACGGACAAAAAGCAGCUAUCCCAGAGGGCGGGGGAGAUCUACAACAGCUUCCUGUCCAGUAAGGCCACCACGCCGGUCAACAUCGAUAGUCAGGCCCAACUGGCCGACGACGUCCUCACCUCCCCGUGUCCAAACAUGUUCAAGGCUCAGCAGUUACAGAUCUUCAACCUGAUGAAGUUUGACAGCUACUCCAGGUUCCUGAAGUCUGGCCUGUAUCAGGAGUGCAUGCUGGCCGAGGUGGAGGGAGGACCUUUACCUGAUCCCUACCAGAUCCCCUGUAGCCCCGCCCCCUCCAAGCACAGCGCCAGCUCCUCCCUCUCCCUCUCCACGCCCAUAAAGGAGGCCAGGAAGCAGAGGUCAGGAAGGUCACUUAACGAGGACCCCAUAGACGAGCAUGAGGAGCAUAAGAAACGGGGUAUCUUCUUCUCUUGGGCCCGGAACCGGAGCUUCGGGAAGGGACCCAAGAAAAAGGACAUCGGAGAAAUCAACCUCGCUUCCUGGGGCAGCAACGGUCGGAGGGAAUCACAGGGCUCCUUGUCCUCAGGUGCCAGUCUGGAGCUGGCCACUUCCUGUUCAGCGGGCAAGAUCGAGGUAACAUCCCGCUGCACGGCCAGGCCAGGUCACCAUGGCAACACUGAACCAAGAUAG